UUGAGGAUGAGCAGCGAUUGAGAGAGCGUACGGUAUAGCAGUGUUACUUUUUAUUUUAAUUACACUAUUUUACGUGUAACGUUAGAGUUUCAUGUGGAUUUGUAAGCUACAAAAAUAUAUCGAUCAAAUAAUAUUUAUACAUGUACACAACAAUUUACAAGAAUAAUGCGUUUCCGGGGUGACACAACUUCAAGUUCUACGAGCAAAAUCCAAACAAGUGGAGAUGUGACCGCUAAGCGAGGCGUGGACGAGACAAAAUCAGUCGGGGAAGCGUCGGCUUGCAAGAAAAAGGAAAGACGGCGAAAGAGAGCUAUUAUAUGGAGUUGGACAUGGAAGCUAUGUUUGCUGAAUUCCAUUUUGUUCUACACAAUCUUCCCAGUUCUAGUUUAUUUCAUCCCUGACUUUGCUUCCCAACUUAUUUUCCUCAAUUACCUCAAGUGUCCUGUAUUCAGAGACUACCAUGCUCCUGAGGUAUAUGGAUUGAAAGGAGCAAGGAACGUAUAUCUACCUUCUACCAAUGGAGUUCAGCUUGGAGUGUGGCAAAUGCUUCCUACUUCUGUAAGACCUGCAAGAGAAGAUAACGAAAUGUCAGGAGAGUUCUUUGAUAAAGCAUUAAGAGACCAUAGACCAGUGAUUAUGUACUGCCAUGGAAAUUCAGGUUCAAGAGCAAAUCCACACCGAGUAGAAUUGUAUAAAUUAUUGAUUAGACUGGGAUUCCAUGUUGUAGCUGUAGACUACAGAGGAUAUGGAGAUUCAUCAAGUUAUACAACUGCGGAUGGUAUUCAUGAUGAUGUAAGAACAGUGUAUAGAUGGCUGAGAGAAAGGACAGGGGAUUCCCCUUUCUACAUCUGGGGACAUUCUCUUGGAACAGGGAUAUCCACAGUAUUCACUUCAAAAAUAUGCAGAGAAGAGGGAUGUCCUACAGGUCUUGUCUUAGAAGCACCAUUCAACAACCUUCUUGAUGAGGUCAUGAGACAUCCAUUUGGAAUGCCUUGGAACAUUCUUCCAUACAGCAGAGGUUACUUUGAUCAAGCUUUUAAUUCUACAGCUCCAUACUUUCAGAGUGAUGUUAACAUAGAGCAUGUGACGUGUCCUAUUCUUAUUCUUCAUGCUGAAGAUGACUGGAUUGUACCACAUGACCUAGGCAGGAAGCUUUAUGAUAUAGCUGUUGAGAGAAGGCCAGCCUCAGCAGAUCCAAUCCAAAUGGUUUCAUUUCAUAGGGAAGAGGGAUGUGGACAUAAAAAUAUUGCUUAUUCAUCAAAGCUACCAUCUAUUUUGAGUGAUUUCAUCAAAUGAGGAACCAAAGGUUGUCAAUGAAACCCAGUAGCUUCCAAGCCAUAUGUGUGUGCAGCUGUUGUGUUUUUUUUUUAAUUCUUUGUGGUGCUUCAACUUUUACUUAUGUAAUUUUAUUUUUUACUCUUACCUCCUACAGUGUAGAUAAGAUAUCUGAGUACCUCUUGUUGCCAUGUUACCUCAUGAAAACAGGGUUGAUAUCAUUCAUUAACAUCCUUCUGAUGUAGACAAUCAAACAUUCUUGGUAUUCAGCUCCAUAACAUAAAGAUUACUGUGGGGUUGAUUUCGCUAUUGAUUGCAUUGAUGAUUGUGUAUGAAUGAUCAAUAAUAAAAUCUCUCCCGCAAUAAUUCACUAAGCUUUAUGUUAUGAGGACCCAGAUAAAAGGAGAUAUGCUAUGUUUACUUACAUUUCAUACAAACAUUUGAAAAGAUAUUUCAUGAUUUGAUGGAGGUAGAAACUAUAAAAAUUAGAUAAUAUCUAUCUAACAGACAACAGUGAUUUGAAUCUGUUGAAGUAAUUUUAAUGAAUCAAUGGCUUAUCCAAUCCAGGAGUUACUAAAAGAAUAGAAAUUUGAACAACAACAGUGAUUUGAAUUCACAAAAGUAAUUUAAAUGGAUCAGUGCAAUGGCUUAUCCAAGCCAGGGCUAACUACAUGUAAUAAAAUAAUAGACAUUUGAACAACUAAAGAGAAAUUAUAUAAGCUGACGUUAUUAUUUUCUUUGAUAUCAAGUUAAAAUAAUGAUACUGCAGGCAUCUACACGUUUGCUUUGGAAUACACAUGAUAAUGCUUCAAUAUUGGUAGUGAUGUUUUAAUGAUUUUGAAUACAUCUCCUUAUAUAGAUACUCUUUUUUUUUGUAGUUUGUGAUGUGCCAUGUAUUCCUAAUUGUGGUGCCAAAGAAGUGUAUUUGAUGCUUGUUCAUAUGAGGUAUAUGAUUAGACAAAUCACAUAUUUCUGUAUUAAUUAUGAAGGAAAUCAAAUUAUGCAACUAAUCAUAGUUAAGAAUUACAGUAGCUGAUAAUAGUUAAAUGAAAAUCACAAGCGAAUUGAUUCAUGAAAUUUUCAGCUACACACAUUUCGAGCUGGAAAGAAUUAUACUGUAUAAUAACAUUUUGUAAUCACAUUGUCUUAGAGCAAAGAAAGAAUAUAUUUAUUGAUUGAAGCAAAACAAAAACAUUGUUCUGAAAUCAUGAUUUUGUUUAGUAUACUAUUACUGAACAAAUCUCUAUUUACUGCAAUUGGCAAUAGUUUUAUUGAGUCAAAGUUGCAAUAUCUCAUGUAUUUAUUCGAGUAUUUUUAAAACUUUAUCUGUUGUAGAAUAGCCUUGAUACACAUAAUUGUGUAUGCAUGAUUAAUUAUGAUUCAAAUAUGUCAAUAAAUAGUGUGAUACAGAGUAUUAGUCUGAAAAGUCUCAUUUAUUAUUCAUUUGCCAAAAUUUUCUGACAAAUUGAAAAGGGCCAGGUUUCUAAUUGCACUUUUGGUGGAAUAUUUCAUUCAUACUGUUAGUUCUUCUAAGUACCAAGUAUGAUAUGUGCAGACUACACAACCUCACUGCUUUACUGAAAUAACUUAUUUAUGUAUGAUGCACAAUGUCCAAUUUCAAACAGAUUCCGACUUUUUUUUUAAAUAAGUAAAUGGCAAUGCAUUUUCUAAAUCAUAGAAUAUUUCUUUCAAACAUUUUACUGUUUCAUCUUCUUUGAUGACAAUGAAAUAUCUGUAUCCCAACAAAGUUUGUGAUGAUUUUAUCAUAUUUAUUGGAAUUUUUUUUUUUGAUGAAUCUAAAGGGAUAGAUACUGUUUUUUGCAGUGCAGCUGUUUCGAGUUAUGUGUAAUUUUUACUUCAAAUAUGAUUUUUUUUUUGUUGUUGUAUGAGUGUUGAUAUUUUUAGUACUGAUCAUGCACGGGUGAUCUUGAGAAGGAAAGGUAAACAAGAAUAGUGCAUAUUGAUAUACUAGUAGUACCCUGCUAUAUUGAUUCAUAAUAGUAAUAGUAGUAGUGGUAGUGGUGGUAGUGGUAGUAGUGGUAGUGGUAGUAGUAG